AUGGCCUCCCAAUUCCCCUCAUACAAAUACUUCAACCUCACAUUCCCGCGCGAAUAUGUCGCACACGUUGAAACCAACCGCCCCGACAAACUGAACUCCUACUUCGAGGCAAUGUGGCUCGAACUCCGCACCGUCUUCAACGCCCUCAGCGACUCUCCCGACGUCCGCGCCAUCGUAUUCUCGGGCGCCGGUGACCGCGCAUUCACAGCUGGGUUAGACGUCAAAGCCGCUUCUCAGGGACUCCUAGCUCCUCAAGACGGAGGGAAAUCGACAGAUCCGGCAAGGGUUGCCACGCAGCUAAGACGACACAUUGACGAAUUCCAGGAUUGCGUUUCGAGUAUAGAGAAAUGCGAAAAGCCUGUCAUAGUCGCUAUGCACGGCGUAGCCUAUGGUCUAGCGAUUGAUUUGAGUGUCGCGGCUGAUAUUCGGUUAUGCGCGAAAAAUACUGCGUUCUCUGUAAAGGAAGUCGAUAUUGGGCUUGCGGCUGAUAUCGGCACGUUGACUCGAUUGCCCAAGGUGGUGGGAAAUUAUGGGUGGGUGAAGGAGGUGGCGCUUACGGCGAGGGUGUUUGGGGCCGAGGAGGCGCUAAAGGUUGGGUUUGUGAGUGGUGUGUAUGAGAGUAAGCAGGAGACGGUGCAGAAGGCGGUUGAGUUGGCAACGUUGAUGGCGCAGAAAAGUCCAGUUGCGGUACAGGGGACGAAGGAAUUGUUGAAUUAUUCAAGGGAUCAUUCGGUUAAGGAUGGACUACGGUAUACAGGUGUCUGGAACAGUGCUGCUGUGCAGGCAAAGGAUGUUUCUGCCGCGGUGCUUUCAGGGAUCGAGAAACGAGUUCCUACGUUCGAGAAAUUGUAG